UCCGGUUCGGACGUGGGGAUUCACCGGAAUGGAUCGCCACCCAAAACGGCACCGAACUGCAGCACCAAAGACAUCCCUCCUCUUUUGCCACCUACUUUACAGCUGUCGCAUCCAUCAUGGCCGUCGGCAAGAACAAACGUCUCAGUAAAGGAAAGAAGGGUUUGAAGAAGAAGAUCGUUGAUCCCUUCACCCGCAAGGACUGGUACGACAUCAAGGCUCCUUCGAUGUUCGAUGUCCGUCAGGUCGGCAAGACCUUGGUUAACCGUACCCAAGGUCUCCGUAACGCCAACGACUCGCUUCACGGCCGCGUUGUCGAAGUUUCGCUCGGUGACUUGUCCAAGGACGAAUCUCGCGCUUUCCGCAAGAUUCAGUUGAAGGUUGAUGAAAUUCAAGGCAAGAACUGUCUUACCAACUUUUACCGCAUGGACAUGACCUCGGACAAGCUCCGCUCCAUGGUCAAGAAGUGGCAGACCACCAUUGAGGCUUUCGUCGAUGUCAAGACCACCGACGGUUAUCUCGUUCGUCUUUUCACCAUCGCCUUCACUGCUCGUCGUCGCAACCAGAUCAAGAAGACCACCUACGCUCAGACUGCUCAAAUCCGUCAGAUCCGUAAGAAGAUGUUCGAGAUCAUGACCGAAGAAGCCGUUGCUUGUGACUUGAAGGAACUCGUCAACAAGGUCACCUCCUCCGCCUCCAACUCGGCUCAGGAUGCUAUUGCUGUCCGUAUCGAAAAGGCUUGCCAGGGUAUCUACCCCUUGCAGAAUACCUACACUCGCAAGGUCAAGAUCCUCAAGGCACCCAAGUUCGAUGUUUCCGCCUUGUUGGCUCUUCACGGUGGUGCCGCCGCUGCCGGUGAGGAAGUUGGUGCCAAGAUCGCCAAGGACUUUGUCGAACCCCCCGUGCUCGAAAGCGUCUAAAAUCAAUCCCAUCCGAUAAAUUCAACCGUGUUGUUUUUCAUCUUUCUCCCAUUCCUUUUUGUUAAUAUGCAAAGGUUGUAUGCCUAUCAACAGAGAUCAUCGAAUUUGUAAAAAAGAAACAAGUCCAAAGUAUGGUUUUUUUUGUGGUGUCAUGCAAGAAUAUUAGGUUGCGGUGGUGAUGUGAAAAUGUAAUCAUUGGUGGAUG